AUGAGUUCAGACACCUUCCCACAAUUUUCAAAGCUCCCCACUGAGCUCCGCAGCAUAAUUUUGAGUUUCGCGCUCCCCGAAAGGCCCAUUGGGUGCUUCCUGUACCCGUACAAGCCAGGAUACUGGAGCCCUCGACGACUGUCAGCAAUCAAAGAGUGGGGCUCGUACUCUGAAUUAGCUGGAAUAUUGAUUGAGCCCGUCAGCUUCUCUAUGCCACUUCUGCUCGUCAACCGUCCAGCCCGCGCCAUCGCACGAUCCUGGAUGGAAGACAACGGCGUGCAGAUCCGCUACUACAGGGACACCGAAUCGCUUGUCUCUCCGUUCCUAGACGAGAUGAGAAACCUCUUUGACAGGGGCUAUGAGUUGCAGCGCCUGGCCGAGUUCCUCCCGGGUAUGCAACGCCUGGCGGUUCCACUCAGCGUUCUCCAGGAUCACGAAGACUCGAUCCCUUGCGUUGUGUACAUCUGCCCCUAUAUAGAGAAGGUACACGUAGUUACCAAUCGGCAGCCGGACCUAUUGUUCCCUCGCGGCGGCGACGACGACGACGACGACGACAACAACAACAGGGUGCAUCAACGUUGGGAGCUAAGAAAGACCGAGGUUGCUAGACUCUGGGAUCCUGCAAUCGAGAAAUUCUGGUGGGGGUUUCAUCGUGGUGAUGCACCGACGGGUUACGUCGCCGACUGGAUUGAGAGAGGAGCGGACGAUCUAGAAGAGAUGAUGCUCGAUGCCUGGACCUCCGAACGGCGUAAGAAGCAACGCAUUGUGCUCCGGGCUAUCUAUGCAGUCAGAAACGAGCAUCAAUAA